UUUUUUUUAGCGUGUGGUGUGUGUUUAAAUGUGUGUGUGAUGACCGUUUUUCAGUGUGAUCACGAUGAGGUUCGCUCUGCUCCUCGCUCUCCUCACAGGGUGCGUCUGUGUCUCUGCGGUCGGUGUCGGGGACGGCAGCACAGUCGUUGGUCGUCGGGGUGAAGACGUCACUCUGUCCUGUAAAUAUGACAUCAAAUACAACGGGCCGCUGCACGUCUGUUGGGGUCGAGGACAAAUACCAAACUCAGGCUGCAGCGAGCAGCUCCUCUACGCAGACGGAUACAAGGUGACGAAGGGGAGCCGAGCGUCCCGCAGGUAUCAAUUACUGGGACGACUGGACGAAGGAGACGUGUCCCUGACGAUCCUGAACGUCUCAGAGCAGGAUGCUGGACGGUACGGCUGCAGGGUGAUGAUAAAAGGGAUUCUCAAUGACCUGAAAUAUCACUUGGAUUUGGUCGUUGAGGAAGCUCCUCAGACGUCCACAGCGACGACAUCACACAGAGAGACGUCGACAGAGCACACAACCAACCACACAACAGGUCAUAUGACCUCGACUGACCGCCUGCUAACUUCCUCCUCCAGCAGCAUCACGGCCGAGGUAAGACAGACGCACUUCCUGUGUGCAAACAGUAAUGUGGUCGACUAAGUGUGUUUCAUAAUCCAGACUCGUUUUUUU